UUCAGGCGGUGUAACACUUAUGACCGUGUUUUGGGGUGAAUUAUCGUAUACGUUAAAAGGUUGAUUUUUUUUGGUUUGUACUAAGUUUGGAUCCAUACCGGGGUUUGCAAACAAUGGAUUUACUGUUUCAACUUGUGACCACGGAUUAAAUGCUGCAAGGAAACUGAAUCAACUGUCACAUUUUAACCAUUGUGUUUUAACUGCAUUUGCUUAGCUCGUACAGUGCGAUUCGAAUUAACAACUGACGAAUAUGGUAUUUUUUACUUUUACCUCAAACAUACCGAGCAUUUGAUUUCGUUAACUCAAGCAAGGAGAUGAAGAAAUGAGUCAAACCUUAUGCAGCCAGCUUGGGGAGAAGAAGUGAGAGAUAAUCAUAAAUUGCCUAUUGUUUUGAUGAGAGAUGUGAAGAAAGAAACGUUAUGCAAAUUAGCCGUUCACCGUGAUACAUGUAUGUGCGGGGAUUGGUGAACAAUAGCGCACCUAUAGUAUUGCUGGCCUGGUUGAUACCAUAGUCCGGCUGACUGUGAAAAUAGUAGAAUCUACAACGGUAACAAUAGUUUGUGUGUCUGCUAAAGUUUGGUUUUCAUCGACUAUAGAUGCAGUUGAUUGUUGUGGACGUGAAAUGAAAUAGACGAACCAUUACUGCAUUGGAAAUACAUCAGUUUGCGGGUGUGAAAGAGAUAGACAAGUGUAACGAGUGGGAAAGAUAAGUGGAAUAUACCAGUACCUUGUGCAAUUGAUUGUAACAAUUGAGGAGAGAUCAGCUGAAACCAUUGCGCCCGGGUUCAUCGGAGUGAAACCGCGGGUAGUCGACAACCGGCAUCGGAGAUGUGGUACUACAUUACCUGAGUUGGAACAACGCUGUACCUAUCUCUGCACUGUGGCCGAGUCUCUGGGAAACUGAACAAACCGAUCGACCGUCAUUUCCACAUCCGUCCGUGGGAUUCUCCGGCCUGUUUAUGUUGCUUUUACGCCAGCUAAGACCAGACGCGAACCGCUUGGCAGCGCAGAGCAAGCUCACCAGAAGGAGACGCUGAGUUCAAUUUUGCUUCGUCAGUUCGACUCGAGCUGAAUACCGUUGUUGGUAGCUGAAGCCGUGUCCGUGUAAGAAAAAAAUAAAUCCUAUACAAACGUGCGAUCGUUUCGAUCGUUUCAUAACAACAGACGUCGGCUUCGGACGGCAGAAGGAAGUCAGACCAUCAUCGCGCGACAACGAUUAUCGUCACCGCAGUUGUCAACCAAAGUUCGAAAAUUUAAAAUCGACCAUGAAGCAAUGAUGUCGAUGAGCCUCUGUGAAAAUUAAUAAUGCAGCGAUAAUUUGGCCGAAGGACGGUGCGAAACGCAUUCUCCUUUUUUAUCAUCUCGGUCGUUUGUUGUUUUUUGCGAAGCUUCCGCUGCUGCUGAAGUGAAACAGAGAAAGGAUCUCACGCGGCAGCGAAAAGUAGUUCAAUUUGCUUAAGUGAGCUGAAACGAAGCGCAUUUCGUAAAAAAGAGCUUGUGGAAGUUGCAUUGUGUGCAAAGAGUGUAAAAAGCAAACGCAGAAAGGUUGGAAAAAUAAAGGAAAAGUGUGUGCAAUUUAAUGCUAAAUGAUUUUUUGUUUCUCUUUUUGAUUUGCUGUGGCACGCUGUACACUUUUAGGUUUUGUUUCCCUAAUUAAAUGGUUCAAAAUUAAGAUUUUAUUAGCUAAUGAGAAGCACGAGAAGAAGAAAGUGAAGUGUUGCAAAUUGAUUGUGUGCAACUUGUCGGUUGAUGUGGAGUGUUCCGUUCCAUGAGGGGGGAAAAUUGCAACCGUUCAACUGUAAAUUAGUGCGAGAAGAAACGAUUUUGCCUGCUUGCGGUACGAUUUGUUUUGGACCUUCGCUGCGGAAGCUUGGUGGCGGAAAAGUUGAAGGCGAUGCUGCGCUCACCAGCCCACCUGAUCGGCCAUGGACCGUCCCCAGCCGGUGGUGGUGUUAUGAGCCUUCACAGUCAUGCGUCGCCGCCACAUGCCCGAACGUCACUGUUCGAUUCCUGUCACCGUAAAAUUCGGCUAAUCGGCGGUGGACCUGUGGCGUUUCUUGGAGGAUUAGUAGCAAAAGCCCGACGCAAGGAACGAGACGGCGACUCGAGUCAGAGUGACACAAAACUAUAUCUGGAGGAAGGAGUACUGGAACGCAAACUACCAGACGCCGAUCUGAGGUUACUGGUGGACCUGCCAGCUGGUUUAGACUAUAAUGAAUGGCUUGCCUCGCAUACUCUGGCGCUUUUCGAGCACGUGAACUUAGUGUACGGAACAAUUAGUGAAUUCUGCACCACAUCCGGCUGUCCAGAUAUGACCGGUCCAGGAACUAGAAUGUAUCUGUGGUUCGACGAAAAGGGCAAAAAGACACGCGUUGCGGCGCCUCAGUACAUCGAUUACGUGAUGACGUUCACGCAGAAGACGGUCAGCGACGAGUCGAUAUUUCCCACCAAAUAUGCCAAUGAGUUUCCUAGUUCGUUCGAGAGUAUUGCUAGAAAAAUUUUACGUUUACUGUUCCAUGUGAUUGCGCACCUGUACGCUGCGCACUUCCGCGAGGUGGCACUACUCGGGCUGCACGCGCAUUUAAACCUUACCUUUGCCCAUCUGACUGCGUUGCAUAGGCGUUUCAAUUUAAUAGAACCCAAAGAAACUGAAGUUUUACGUGAUCUAGAAAUCGCUUUACGCUUAACCGAUGACCCAGCCCCUUCGUCUACGGGCAGUAACAGCAGCGCCAGCCAGCAGCAGCAUCCCAGUGCAGGAUCGGACAGUGCGUCGGUCUCAGCUGCUUCGAAUUCGACGUCCUCAACCGGAACCGGCGGCAGUACGGCGGGGAACGUAACGGGUGGUGGGUUGAUGGCGGCGGCAGCGGCGUCAGGGUCCUGUGUGGAGAACAAUAAUAGCAGCAGUAGUGAUAGUGGUGUUGCAAUGAUGCACUCGCUGAUAGAUGGCGAUGCGACGGCGCAGCCAAUCUGUAAACAACCUUUAGAAUCAUGCAGUGUAAAUAAUAGUCAUAAUGCUACUAGUAGUAGAGAACAAAUGAUGCAGACGUGCGGUCCAGGGGGAGGUGGUGGUGGCGGCAGUGGAAGCAGCACCGGAAGUGUCGGUGUAAUCGGUUGUGGCGUGGGCUACAGCACCGGUAUCACCAGCAGUGGCACCAGCGCACACAGCACACAGCAGACCUCCAAUCCACAGACAACGGCAUAGUGGAUACGUUGGACGGCUAGUGUGGGUGCCGGGGCCGGUUCCAUUUUCCUGCUGGGCGGGGCUGUGUGUUGUGGAGCCUUGCAGCUUCAAACCAAUCUCUGACCAAAAUGUGAUUUAUCCUCUAACAAUACAAAAGGAGAAAAAGAAAUAAAAACAAAAACAAAACAAAAAUUUAAUGCAAACAGCUACCAAGAAAAAAAUGCUUAGUUCUUAAAGUAACCACUAGUGGAUGCGAGAGAAGGCAACCUAGAUACAAAGCAAACAGAAAAUCCCACUAUCCAAAAAGUUAAGAAAGUUUCUUAAAUAAAGAACUACAAAACCAACACGUAACACAAAGUACACUUACUUCCAACUGACUGGAAAACAAAAGCAAAACAACCAAUAGAUUAGAACACAGCAAACUAACAAAAGAAAGCACUACCCAAAACAAGCAAGUAACUCGCGAUAGAACAGCAACAGAGACAGACAAACUGGGAAGCAUAAACUCCUUGAUUUAUUUGGCUAUAAGUGGAUAUAAUUUAUGUUGUGUAUUUAGAUAAGUUGAAAUCAACCGUCACACAACGACGUUGCUAUACCCACAGAACACCUUACCUUCCUACGGUGAGUAACGCGCAGCUGGUUGCUCUUAAUAUACUUAUACGUGUACCAAUUUAGAAUGCAAUUCAAAAUCGAGUUCAUCAUAGUGGAUAGCAACUGAUGCAAAACAAAAAAAAUCUUAGUGGGUCCUACUCACACCGACAAACACUGCGAUACGUAAGUGCAUAAUAGAGCAGCAGUACGUAGAGCCGCUUGUGCCGGGAACAGCUUCGCUCUCGCAACAAAGAUACGCAAUAGAUGUGUUUUUUUUUGAUUUUUUGAUAGGAUUAUGAUUGUGAUUCAGUAGAUAUGUUUUACUAAUUACCAUUACUGCUAUUAUCAUUAUUAUUAUUAUUAAAAUUAUUAUUUUUUUAUAAAAACAAGAAAAGAGCAUUGUUUCUUCUUCGUUUUUAGUCGAGGGUUUGCCUUUGGCUUAUUGGGGUUGAUAAAUGUUUUCGGUGAUAAAUCAAUUCAAUAGCGAAAACGAGUUGAACUUCCAUAAUAAACCCAAUCUUUCAAUUUUCAAUUUGCCCAAUCUUUCGAUUUUCGAUUCCGCAAAAAUGCAUGUUUUAUUGAACACUCAAAUAUUCAAUUACAAUACAGGUCUAUUAUUGCUACUAGCAUUAAUUUGCCACAGAAAACCAUUUCAGCCCCGAAAAUAAAAUGCCAGGGAACUGCCUAAAGCAAAAUUGUUUCCCUUGAUUAGUUUUUAAAAAACACCCAAACAAAAAGAGAAAACACGCAGUCUCAAGAAGGAUUCAACGAAUGCUUAAGAUGAACGAGAAAGAACAAAUUACUGCGCCUAGAAAGUGAUACUCUCAUUUAUAAGCCUGUGUACAGUGGUGUACUUUACCGAAAACCCAUCCUUUGUUUUGCACAUGUACCUAUCAUGAGCUGUUUUCCUAGAUGAUUGUUUCCUAACUUAUUUCGUUCUUCGCUUAGUUGUUGAUCAAAUUUUACUGUUUCACGUACGCUUUACUUCUCCUGCAUACUGUGUUUAUUUUUAUCAAUCUAAAUAAUCACACAUCGAAAUAAAAGCCACUUUUAAUUUGUUUCAUUCCAAAUGUAGCUUUGCCUAUCGAACUGACUAAGUUGCAGUAGUAGUAAUUAAAACGUUGACAAUUUGUUUUCAAGCUUUUAAACACUGAGCAGAAUCAUCGCCAGGUCCAGCAAACGAGUCAAUCGUGUUAAAAAACACAUACGGAUUGAAGCAGUAUAACUAAAAAAAAGGAAGCAAAGUACACAAAAUCACUCACACACAUAUACACACACACUUAGGAGAAUCCACUGUUUGCUGAACCAGAACAAACCUUUAGAAAUGUUGAUGAAGAUUAGAAAACUUAAUGAAUUAAAUCCUAAUAUAAAAGAGAAAAUGAAGAAAUAAAAAAUGAAAAUUGUUGCUGCAAUUAAACAAAAGAUAGACAAGAGAAAAAGAGAGAGAAAAC